UCCUAGAAAGAACGCAAUCUACGGUGCAUUUCUUUCGUCGCUCGGAUGUUCAGUACUGCUUCUCAUACAGUCGCCAGGUGAGCGCCAUCGCAGUACUCGAUUCCGUACGUACACGUGCUGGUUGCUUUUGUUUAUGUUUUGACUGUUUAUCGCUGUGACUGGUUACUUCGCGAAUAUCGAAUUCGUGUUGCAUUCAAAGAACUAUUGUGAUUUCGUUAUUUGAGUAUUUAACGAAAGUCUGUUGUGAAAUCUCGUCGAGUCCACUUUCAGGAUGCUUGAGUGCUGAAGAAGUAUAUUGGAAUAAGUAAAAAUAUGCCUCAAACAGUCCUACAUGGACAAAAUUAUCAAUACAACGGUCACAAUGGACAUCUUCCUAUCCACAACCCACAACAAAAUGGACACGUCAAUUAUAUUAUUCAUAAUGGGCAUGGUCCAUAUUACAUGCAAAACGGACACAGUAAAACAAACGGACAUUUAGGUGCAAGGAGAAAUAAGAAAAUUGCCGACAAUGUCUGUACGAUUAUUAAAUUUAAAAAGGAUACGGAACCUCCCAAGAAACGGACAUCCACACCAGUCAAUCACUUAGUCCCUAAUUCCGAAAUUUCAUUAAAUGGAAACGGAAGGACUUGGACAAAUGCUCCCAAAUUAGAAGAUAAACAAUCCACAUUAUCGAGAUAUUGGACAACAGAAAGGCAAAAGACACAAACAAAUUAUGAGUCUAUAAAAAGACAUUGUAGGGAACGGGGUGUACUUUAUGAAGACCCCGAUUUUCCAGCUGGACCGAAGGCACUUUUCCAAAAUAAAAGGCCAUCGCUGCAUCCUAUAGUUUGGAUGAGACCGCAUGAAAUAUGUCAAAGACCAAAAUUUAUAGAAGAAAAUUCAUUAGAAUCGGGAAAAUUCACGCUAGAGCCGGGUGAAUUAGGUGACCAAUGGCUGUUGGCUGCUGUUGUUUCUUUGGCUCUCACGCCAAGAUUUUUAGACAGAGUAGUUCCACCUGAUCAAGGAUUUAAUCCAACAAAUUCAUAUUGCGGUUUAUUUUUAUUUCGAUUUUGGCAUUUCGGCGAGUGGAAAGAUAUUGUAAUAGAUGACAGACUACCCACUUUUAAAGGACGAUUGGUUCAUCUGCAUAGUUCGAACAAUACUCACUUUUGGCCGGCCUUAUUAGAAAAAGCUUAUGCUAAAUUUUAUGGAUGCUAUGAAAACCUGCAGCAAGGAUCCAUUACAAGGGCACUACAAGAUAUAACGGGAGGAAUAGUGCAAAGUUUUGUAUUAACACAUCAAGAUCGAUUUAUAACUUUUCAAGUACUUAACAGUGCAGUUCCCAGAUCUAGUCUAUUAAUUGCGACUAUUAAUCAGGAGAAAGAGAAUAAACGUCAACUUCGAUUGCGAAGUGGAUUAAUAACACAACAUGCCUAUAGUGUGACAGGACUUGCUCGAGUAAGAGGAGUUAAUGGUGAAACACCAUUGGUCAGAUUAAGAAACCCAUGGUCAAGUGCUGAGUGGACAGGUCCUUGGAGCGAGAGAUCCUGGGAAUGGGACGGUUUAUCGACGAGAGAUAAGGAAUUAUUGAGCGUAAGAGUUACCAAUGAAGGCGAAUUUUGGAUGUCUUUUGAAGAUUUCGCUAGAUAUUUUACCCACUUAGACUUGGUCCAUAUUGGUCCAGAUGACUGGAUGAUAGAAGGUGCGCUACAUUCUAAACAGCCUUGGAGAGCAGUUUUAGCCCGAAGACGUUGGAGAGCUGGUUACAAUGCGGGAGGUGGACCAGCUUUUAUUGAAACAACUGCCAUGAAUCCGCAAUUUCACGUCCAGAUACCGAGAACGUCGAGCAAUAAAUGCCACGUGGUCGUGUCAAUAACACAAUAUUACGAGACGAAUCCGCAGAAGACGAAGAAGAAACGGCCUUUGUAUGCCAUUGGGUUCGCGGUUUAUGAAGUGCCGCAUACCAUGCAGAGAUUGACACCGCAUUUUGUUGCAGAACAGAAACCGCUAGAUGUUACAAAUCAUUCUCUUGCUCGAGAAGUAGUAACAUUUUUCACAUUGCCUCCGGGUGAUUAUAUUGUAGUACCUCAAACAAAUAUACCCAAUUUAGAUGGAAAGUUUUUACUUCGAAUUUUUACUGAUGAGCAAAGUAAAAUAUGGGAAGUAAACGAAGAUAACAUGAUCAUACGGAAUAUUUCCGCAGAAUUUAUGGAGGAAUCGGGAGUCAUGGGGGAAGGAAAAUCAAUUUUAUCGAAAAUGUUAAUAAAGUAUCCACCUGAAAUUGAUGCUAGUCAACUGCAAAAAAUUUUGAAGUCGCAAUGGAAGUUGAUCCUCUCAGAAAAACCAAGUUUAGAAUUGUGUAAAAGUUUGAUUAUGUUAAGAGACUUCAACAUAAGUGGACGAAUUGGUACAGUCGAUAUUCCCAUUCUGGUUCAUAUGCUUCAAUUUUGGAAAUUGGCAUUUCAAAAGUUUGACAAAAAUCAGAAUAGCGGGAAAACAUCCAGUUACCACUUAAGGGCUCUGUUAUGGGAAGCUGGAUGUACAGUAAGCAACAAAGUAUUAGAAUGUUUAGUAUUGCGAUUUGCUAAAAAUAAAAUUUUGACUAUGGAAAAUUAUAUUAUGGCAUUAGUAAGGUUACAUUUAUCAUAUGAAAGAUAUCAUAAUUUGGACACAAAAACUAAAAGUAAUCCUUUAUCUUUGGAAGAGAUGAUUUUGAUGACCAUUUAUUCAUAAAAUAUAAAGUAAAAUGUUAAGCUGGAAAACCAAAGAAAUGGUGGAAAACUGUAUUUUAUUUAAAAAAAAUAUUUAUAUACUUUAUCUAUGUGUAUGUAAAUAAUAAGUAAUUUGAUUCAUAUACAGUAUAUCUCAUUUAAAAUGGAAACACCUCCGUAAUUGUUUUACUUUUAAUUCAAUUUUAAUGAGUAAGAAUGGUUUGGAGCUGUUUUUCAACCUAAAGUGGGCUGCACUGUAUGUACAAAUAUGUGUAUAUUUUGAUUUAUGUAAUUAAUAGGACAAAUAAAAAUAAUAAUGUUUA